AGAAGCAAAAGCAUAUUGAAUAGACAUUCCAACAAACGCCAACGUUGUCGGAUAAUCCAAAUGUUUAUGGUUUCCGAAACCAACCCAGAAAGAUAUGCUUAGCUGCCACCAUCUCCUCCUUCCCCUCCUCCUUUUCUCUGUCGUUCUUGCUGCCGGUGACGACGGUGCAACAAUUCUCAAGAUAGCUUCAUCCUUCCGUCCUACCCCCACUGGGUGGUCUUCCACUUCUUCUGACAACUACUGCAAGUGGCCCGGCAUUAAUUGCGACAAUUCCAACCGCGUUACUUACAUCAACCUCCCCUCCAAAUCCCUGUCGGGUACCCUUUCGCCCGACAUUGCUUCAUUGUCGGAGCUCCGAACUGUUUCACUCCAACGCAACGCAUUGUCCGGUACCGUACCAUCUUUCGCCAAUCUCUCUAGCUUACAAGAGGUUUUCCUAGACAGCAACGCGUUCACCUCUAUCUCCACAAAUGCGUUCUCGGGGUUGACGAGCUUGCAAAAACUAAGUUUGAGUGAUAAUGCCGGUUUAAGUCCAUGGAGUUUCCCAGAUUUGUCCCAAUCGACUGGCCUAGUUGAGAUUCAACUAGACAACGCCAGCUUGUUCGGUCCCUUGCCCGAUAUCUUCUCGUCUAUGAGCAGCUUGAAAAGUAUAAGGUUGUCUUACAACAAUUUGAGCGGCACAUUACCUGCUUCUAUCCGUGGUUCGAUGAUUCAGAAUCUUUGGAUCAACAAUCAGGCUAUUGGAUUCACUGGCACUAUAGAGGUUUUGUCCAACAUGACACAGUUGUCUCAGGUUUGGUUGCAUAAACAUGUUUACGGGUCUGAUCCAGAUUUGUCUAAAUGUCUGAGUAUUUAUGAUCUUCAGCUUAGAGACAAUCAGUUGACAGGCCCUGUCCCGAAAUCUCUAAUUGAUCUUCCAGUCUUGAAGAAUGUUUCUUUGUCUAAUAAUAAAUUGCAGGGCCCUUUCCCAAUUUUCCCCAGCUCAGUUGAGAAAGUAGUUGUUGAUGAAAACAAUUUCUGUAAUAAUGAUGGGACACCUUGUAGUCCUCAAGUUACUACAUUGCUUGAGAUUGCUGGGGGUUUUGGGUACCCCGUGUCUCUUUCUGAUAGUUGGUCCGGAAAUGAUGCCUGCCAAUGCUCUUUUAUUACUUGUGAUGCUCAAAAGAAUGUGAUUACAGUAAAUCUGGCAAAUAAAAACUUGGUUGGGACGAUUUCUCCGGCGUUUGUGAUUCUCACAGCAUUGAAGAACUUGAAUCUAAAUGAUAACCAAUUAACUGGUUCGAUUCCUGAUGGCCUGACUAAGUUGAGUAGUUUGCAGCUGCUUGAUGUGUCUAAUAACAAUCUUAGUGGUGACAUCCCUCAAUUUUCGAGCUCGGUAAAAUUCAGUUACUCUGGGAAUAGUUUACUUGGAAAAUCUAGUGGUUCUGGUGGAGGAGGUUCAGGAUCUGGAGCAUCCGGCGGAGGUUCAAACGGUAACAUAAAAAGUGGAGGUAGUGGUAAGAAUUCAGUUGCUAUGAUUGUUGGUAUUGUUGCUGGUGUAUUGAUUUUUAUUGUUGUUGUCUGCUUUGUUUCUUAUAAGUAUGUUAUGAACAAGAGGUAUGGAAAAUCCGAUAAUGUAAAGGGAAGUGAUGUUGAGAGGGGUGUAGUUAAGAGUCCAACAAACAUUGGCAGAAUGAAUGGGAAUGGGAGUGGGGAAGUCACCGGUGAAAUGCAAAGGCAAAGCAGUGGUGGUGAUCGUAGUGACCGCCAUUUUUUUGAGGGUGGAAAUGUAGUAAUCUCAAUGCAAGUACUAAGACAGGUGACAGAUAAUUUUGACGAGGCUAAUAUUUUAGGAAGAGGUGGUUUUGGGGUAGUGUAUAAAGGGGAAUUGCAUGAUGGUACACAGAUUGCUGUCAAGAGGAUGGAGUGUGUGUCGACAGGUACUAAAGGAAUGAAAGAGUUUCAGGCUGAAAUUUCAGUGCUUACGAAAGUUCGGCACAGGCAUCUGGUUGCUCUCCUGGGUUACUAUAAUGGUAAUGAUAGGAUCCUGGUUUAUGAGUACAUGCCUCAAGGUACCCUUAGUCAGCAUCUCUUUGAAUGGCGGGAAAAAUGGUAUGCUCCGCUAACCUGGAAGCAGAGAGUCACCAUUGCACUGGAUGUUGCACGAGGGGUCGAGUAUUUGCACUCUUUAGCACAACAAAGUUUCAUUCAGGAUUUGAAGCCCUCCAAUAUUCUCCUUGGGGAUGACUUGAGGGCAAAGGUUGGAUUUGGACUGGUUAAAAAUGCACCCGAUGGCAAGUACUCUGUCGAGACAAGAUUGGCAGGAACAUUUGGAUAUCUUGCUCCUGAAUACGCUGCAACUGGAAGGGUGACUACAAAGGUGGACGUGUAUGCAUUUGGAGUGGUGUUGAUGGAGAUAAUCGCAGGCCGAAAAGCUUUAGACGAAACAUUACCUGAUGAGAAGUCACAUUUGGUCACAUGGUUCCGCAGGGUACUUAUCAACAAAGACAACAUUCCUAAUGUUGAUGAAACAUUCAAUUGUGAUGAAGAGACAAUGGCAAGCAUCUUCAAGGUGGCUGAACUGGCAGGACACUGCACAGCUCGUGAACCAUAUCAGCGUCCCGACAUGGGGCACGCAGUAAACGUACUGGGCCCCCUUGUUGAGCUGUGGAAACCUUCCAGCCAAGAGCUUGACCAACACUCCGGCAUUGGCCUUCACAUGAGCCUUCCUCAGGCUCUACUAAGAUGGCAAGCCGAUGAAAGUACUUCAACAACGUAUUCUGAUAUAUCAUACUCCCAAACCCAUGCAAGCAUCCCCGCUAAACCCUCAGGAUUUCCGGACACAUUAAGCUCAUCCGAUGGUCGGUGACGGAAGUCGAAGAGUACACUCUGUAAAAACCGUUACGAGCUGCUGUCGAGUUGAUUACCAAGUGUAUUGUGUUUAUUUUUUCAGUUUGCUCUCUUUGUUUGGCUGAACAUGAGCCAAAACAACUCGUGUUUCUUAUUAUA